AUGGAAAGCAUUAGAUUUGUUAUGUUUUUGGUGUUUUUCGUCGCUGAAAUUUUCGCCUUACCAGCGGUGGGACGUGACGAAAUAAACAAAACACCAGGGUGGCUGUCGUCUGCUGUUUUAAAUUUGAGAAACUCGUCAGCUGACAACGAAACGGUUGAAGGAGAAGGCAGCGCGGUGCCAAACACGACUCACCCGUUCCUGCGAGCCAAGCGUGACGUCAACUGCCCCAUCCCCAGCUACAUCCCUGUGGAGGUUCUGGAACUGAACACCUUCCUCAACAGCACCCAGUACCUGGGUCUGACCCCCCAGCAACCCGCCUACACCCCCCUGCCCACACAGCCUUCAACUUGCCCCGCCCAAUCUGGGUCAUGGUGGCCUGGGACUGAACUUAACCUGAGGUCAACCUGCCCUUGGAUUCUGACGGCCACUGAUCUGGGAGAAUCAUUUUACCCAAGGUACAUCAACGAAGCCAAGUGUCUCUGCACCCAAUGUGUCAACGCCAACGCCAUGAACUGUGAGAAGGUCAGACAGGAGAUCACAGUCUUCCACCGUGGUGCCUGCAACAACGGUCUGGCAGUGAUGACCGCGGUCAAGAGGAUGAUCACUGUGGCUUGUGCUUGUGCCGGCAUCCCAGUCCAGACUUCCGGUGGGGCUCCCGUCACAGAGUAAACAAAAAAGUCACGUGAUUGUGAAAUCUCCAAAACUCCAGCAUGUAAUGCUACAUCUAGUAGAUCAUAUUGAUCUGUAUGUAAGGGAAAUAACUAUAUAAAUAUUUAUUUGCCGUAUUAUUUAUUUAAAAUACAUACUUCUCUUUUUAUUAGAUCAUAUUGAUCUAAAGUAAAAGAGAUAACUAUGUAUAUAUUUAUUUGUGACUUUGUUAACUUAAAAUUUCUUACUGCCCCUUUUUUAUUAUUAGAUCAUAUUGAUUUAAUAGUAAGGGAGAUAACUAUGUAAAUAUUUAUUUGUUGUGUACAAAAUUUAAA